CUGAGCUCACCAUGCAGCUCUUCAUCCGUGCCCAGUCCCUCCACACCCUUGAGGUCUCCGGCGCCGAGACCGUCGCCCAAAUCAAGGCGCGGGUGGCGGCGCUGGCGGGCGUCCCCCCCGAGGAGCAAGUGCUGCUGUGGGGUGGGACCCCCCUGGACGAUGACGCCGUGCUGGGACAGAGCCCCCUCCCCGAAUUCGCCACCCUGGAGCUCUCCACGCGCCUCCUGGGGGGGAAAGUCCACGGUUCCCUCGCCCGUGCCGGCAAAGUGAGGGGCCAGACCCCCAAGGUGGCCAAGCAGGAGAAGAAGAAGAAGAAGACGGGCCGGGCCAAGCGGCGCAUGCAGUACAACCGCCGCUUCGUGAACGUCGUCCCCGGCUUUGGCAAGAAGAAGGGCCCCAACGCCAACUCCUGAGCCCCCACUUCAGUAAACGGCACCGAAACUCGGGCCAUUUGGUGGCUUUUUGG